UUCUGCUGCAAAUAAGAUAAUCUUUUCAGUCUCGUUAUCAGAUAUGAAGGUGUUCUGCUGCAGACAAAUUUGCACAGGGGUUAACUCUGACAAUGGAGACGACGAUGCCGCUGCGGCCGCCGCCACUGCCGCCGAUGAUGAUGAUGAUGAUGAUGGUGACGAUGAUGACGAUGAUGAUGAUGAUGAGGGUGGGGGUGACAAUGAUGACGAUGAUGACGAUGAUGUUGUUGUUGUUGAUGAUGAUGAUGAUGAUGAUGAUGAUGAUGAUGAGAUGAUGAUGAUGAUGGUCAUUCUCACUCUGGUGAACUCUGAUGAUGAUGAUGAUGAUGAUGAUGAUGAUGAUGAUGAUGAUGAUGGUGAUGAUAGUGAUGAUGAUGAUGAUGAUGAUGGUGGUGGUGGUACUAAGAAAACAAGUCAGGAAUUUGUGUUUGAUCCUGUUGUCAGAUAUACAGGUGUUUUGCUGCAGACAAAUGCUUACAGUGGUUAGCUUUCACAUCAUCUUUUCUUUUUCUUUUCUUUCUUUUCUUUUAAGCUGCUGCUGCGGACUUGAAAACCUAAACACUGACAUAUAAUAGUGUUUGAAGAUUCAUUAACAUAUGUCGUGUUUAGGUCUUCAUUGCUUUCGGCAGUUUAAGAGCAAGGUUGAAGCACACAUCUUGGUGGCAAUGAGAGAACAUUCACCCGAAUAUAGCACACGGUCAUCAUUGCUCAUUACCUAAGCUCGGUGGCACUGAGAGAGCAUUCACCUGAAAUAAAGCACACGGUCAUCA